GUCCUUCCGCGCGUUCAAGUCGGCUCUCGCUCGGACCUUCUUCCCAGGGUCCUCUGCGCGGCCGUCCCGAGACCCCUUCUGCGCGUUGAGGGGGAACAGCGCGGUCUUCACUGCGUCCUGUGAGGCUCCUCCUGUCAGCUGGUGUGUGCACCCCAGGAAAGCAGUUCAGCCUCUGCGGCUUCUGUUUCCUCUUGGACCCCGCAAAAGUCUGCCUCGGGUUGCUCACACAAGGUCAACCAGAAUCAACAUGUCUGGGACUGAAGAAACAGUUUUUGGAGGCCGCGACAGGCAUCCUACUGGUGGCAACUCUGUAUUAUGCUUUGGUCAGUACCAGUACACGGCAGAAGAGUACCAGGCCAUCCAGAAUGCUCUGAGGCAGAGGCUGGGCCCAGAAUAUAUAAGUAGCCGCAUGGCUGGAGGAGGCCAGAAGGUGUGUUACAUUGAGGGUCACAGGGUAAUUAAUCUGGCCAAUGAGAUGUUCGGCUACAAUGGCUGGGCCCACUCUAUCACACAGCAGAAUGUGGAUUUUGUUGACCUUAACAAUGGCAAGUUCUACGUGGGAGUCUGUGCAUUUGUGAGAGUCCAGUUGAAGGAUGGCUCGUAUCACGAAGACGUGGGUUAUGGUGUUAGCGAGGGCCUCAAGUCAAAAGCCUUGUCUCUGGAAAAGGCGAGGAAGGAGGCAGUGACAGACGGGUUGAAGCGUGCCCUGAGAAGUUUUGGGAAUGCACUUGGAAAUUGUAUUCUGGACAAAGACUAUCUGAGGUCCCUUAACAAGCUUCCACGCCAGCUGCCUCUUGAAGUGGAUUUAACAAAAGCAAAGAGACAAGAUUUUGAACCAUCUGUGGAACAAGCCAGAUAUAGCAGCUGCCGACAGAAUACAGCUCUGGUGCUCCCCAAGCCACAGGAGGUGACCUCCCCUUGCAGACCCAGCUACUCCAAUGGCCCCCAUGUUGUGACACAGGGGGAUAAGGACAGCAGCUCCCGAAGCCUGGCCUCCUGCACUAUGGAUAGUGAUGCCACAUACCAGCGGAAGCUCCGGCAGAAACAGCUGCAGCAGCAGUUCCGGGAGCAAAUGGAGAGGCAGCAGCAGGGUCCCCCCUCUACUCUACCCACUGAAAAGAAGGAUCAAGCAGGACCACUGGCGAAGCACAGCACUCCUGGAAUUGCUGUUUCAGAGCCACUCACUGAGAGAGCCGUCCUUGCAGACAGUCUUGAAAUGUGGGACAUGGUUCUUGAUGUAGCAGACAGUGUGGUCCAGCCCUUGGCUAAACCAGAACCACUGCAGACCCCUGCCACCUCAGUCCCGAAGAACCAGAUGGAGACUCAGAACAGGACCCACCAGAAUCCACAAGCAAAACCUGAACCCUGGCACUUCCAGACUCACCAUCUUAACCAGCACAUAGCAGGAGACUGUGAUUCCUCUAGGAAGAACCAGGACAUGAAGAAAAGGAAAUUAGAUCCAUUUUAACCAAGGCAGGUGACCUCACUGGACUCUGUCACAAAGGGACUUUCAGAAAUUAUGCUUUGGUCAUGAAAUGAUUUAUCAUUUGUACAUAAGUCAAAUCAGAGCUAAUGAAAUCAUGAAUGUGCUUUACCUCCAGGGAUUUACCUUGCUUCUUCCAGAACUUUACCAGAAGAUUUGACUGUUGGAAGCUGCUACAGAUAAAGCUGGGCAACUGGAAAACAGGCAGUUAAAAAGAGCUUGUCACAGAGUCCAGGUUGGGAAGCUCUGUGGAGAUUAAACAUGCAAGGUUCUUCGCUAUUUAUUCCUAAGCUAUUACAUUAAAAAAAAAAAAAAAAAGACAUUCUAGGCGUCACCAGUGGCUACCUUCCUUUAAACAAUGUAAGCCUUAUUCCCAAGCACCAAACUUGACAGGGGCCCAUAGUGCAUUUACUGUGAGUGACCUCUGAUCUUUCACUGCAGGGCUCCACAAGUGAGGCUAGUCUUCCCAUAUGAAUCUUUUUUUUUUUUUUGUCUUUUUGCCAUUUCUUGGGCCACUCCUGCGGCAUAUG